CGUGUUAUCAUGCGUCCGUCUGUCGCGGCCGUUUCCUGCCGGUUUCGCGGCUUCACCCGGCGUUUUUUCUGCAUGAACAUUACUCAAACAACAUUUUGAUCCCCCGGUGCCGCUAUUUUCCCCGCAAAUCGAUUUUUACGCGGCCUUAUUCCGAUUUGUUGUCGACGCAAAUAGGGGGGAGGGGGGCCAAACACGCAUAGUAUAUACAUAUGCGUGUUGUGAUUCGUCUCUUUCCCACCGGUUUCGCGGCGUGAAUCGACGUUUUUUCUUCAUGGAAGAUGCUCAAACAACAUCUUAUAAAUGUUUUCAACCAAAUGCUGCCAGUAGAUGUUUUUGUAACUUGUAUUUCUUUUGUUUACAGGCAGAUUGUUCCACUGAAAAGAAAAAGAAGAAGACGUUCAAGAGAGGAAAAAUAUGUGCAGCAUAUGGAUGUACCAAUACAAACUAUUUUGUGAUUGAUGGUCAAGAAGUAUUGAGCAAAAUCACAAUGUUCAGUGUUCCACAAAAGGUUCUCAAGGACCCUAGAUCAAUAAACCGAUGGGCUAGCUUGCUUAAGAGGCAGCACAAUAAAGAUGGUUUUACCAUGAAUAAACAUACAGUCGUUUGUGAAAAACACUUCCGAGAAGAUGAUGUGCAAAGUAAAUCAGGCCAUGGAUUAACAUUAAAGAACCCAAAGCUCAAAGAAGGUGCAGAGCCACUAUUACAUUCCUGGAACACCCCUAAACCAAGACGACCGUCGCCCAAGAAGCGGUGUUCUGCACAAACAACCCGGGCAAGCAAGAAGGACAAAAAAUCAAAAGUGGAGCCAGCGGGUCCCCCAACAGUGGAAGCUGCUAUGGAGUUGACACCAGCCAGUAACAUGUGCGAGACUUCUGAGGAAACACCAGCAGUAUCCGAGCAGGCAAAUUUGUCAUCUGUGUCAGGACUGUCUUCUCCCACAUUUGUUUCUGUUGGAACUCAAACAGUUGAAACCUCUUUUGAUAAAGUGCCUGAACACAUGUUAGACCAUGACUACACAUUUGUUAUACAUAACGCACCGAGUAUGGAUUCACUCAAAGACUACAUUUCCAUGUUGGAAGCUAAGCUUCACAAUUGCACACUUGAAUGUCGAGAACUGAAGAAGAUUGUACAAGAUUUAACAGAUGAAGUAACUGAGUUUAGAAGUAGAAGGUUUUCAAUUUUUGCUUUCGAAGAUGAUGAUGCGGCCGUCAGGUUUUAUACUGGCAUGCCAAAUUUUGCUAGCUUUAUUGCACUUUUUAAGUACCUGGAGCCUAAAGCUGAGAAGCUGCAAUAUUGGAGAGGUACAGGUAAUGGCUCUGCUAAUAAGCCCUAUCAAAGGCCAGGAAGAAGGAAGCCAGGGCCUGCAAGGAAGUGUAGUUUGUUGGAUGAGUUUUUCCUGGUCAUGGUUAGAUUAAGGGUAGGGCUGUUUACAAAGGACCUUGCGCUAAGAUUUGAAAUUUCUGAGAGCACUGUGUCUCGUGUGUUUACAACUUGGAUCAACUUCCUGUCUCGUGAGAUCCCCUUAUUGUUCCCUACUCCAUCGCAAUCCCGUAUUAGGCAUUACAUGCCUCCACAGUUCAACAAGUUUCCAACAACAAGGAUUAUAUUGGACUGUACUGAAAUUUUUGUGGAGGUUCCUUCUGCCAUGAAAGCACAGUCUGAGACAUGGUCAAAUUAUAAGCACCAUAAUACUUGGAAGGUAUUGGUGGGAGUAACUCCUAAUGGACAGGUAUCUUUUGUGUCUGAAUUGUGGGGUGGGAGGGUGACGGACAAAAAGAUUACUUUGUUAUCGGGUGUGUUUGACUUUCUGGAGCCAGGGGAUAAUGUAAUGGCAGACAGAGGCUUUGAGAUACAAGAUAUUCUUCCUCCAGGUGUAGAUUUAAAUAUACCUCCUUUCAAAGGUAGCAGAGAAGCACUUACUGCUGAAGAAGUUCAAGCAACCAUGGAAAUUGCUGAAGUGAGAAUACAUGUGGAACGGGCAAUCGGCAGAAUUAAGAACUAUCACAUAUUGGAUGGAGUCAUGCCCCUAUCACUUGCCCCAGUUGCAGACCAAAUUUUCCGGGUAUGUGCAUACAUGACAAAUUUCCAGACACCACUUGUAAAAGAUAAGGAAAAAGUUCCGUCAGAUCUCCUAGAGGUACAGGAGGUGCAUGAGGUUUAAUAUACAACAAUGUAAUAAGAACAGAAACAUUGUUGAAAACAGAAAUCCUGCAUUUUGCUGACCUAAGUUCACAUUUGCUAUUGGCAGUAUGUAUUGCUGCAAGCUAUUACUAUGUACAGUAUAUAACAGAUGUACACAUUUUGUUAAGUCAUUGCUGUUGCUCAGUUAGGUGAACACACUCUGCUGACAGUUGUGUAUUCUUUUUAAAAAUAAGCCAUGUAGAAGCGUGGACAUGUAGAUAGAUACAUAUAGAUACAGAUGUACUGCCAGUAAGUUGGCUUAACUACAAAUAAUUCUACACUACAGAAUAAAAA